AUGAAAUCACGGACUAAUCCUGCCUGCGGUACCUGCCGGAAGAAAUGUCGCAAAUGUGACCGCGCUCGCCCGGUUUGCAACAGAUGUCGGGUGAAAGGUCUCCACUGCGAGGGCUAUCCUCCACGGUUUCUCUUCUUUCAAGACCAACUCAGUUCAAAGCGUGAGCAGCGGGAUGGUUCUAUGCUGUCCUCAAGUGAGCCAUCUCCAAGUAGUAAGACACUCCGUGCGCAGUAUACUGUCACUACUGACGACGAAAACCCAGGCCAAGAGACACCGUCAAACAACACGACGACCACCAAUGGACAGUCUAGAACUGCGAGCAAUCACAAAACACGAACACGUCGACCGAACCAACCGCAGCGGAAGCCAGAUAAGGUCUCAAAUGCAACUACAGCAACCAAGGAUGCGAUAGGAUCCACUAAAACCUUGCUCACAGCGCCAAUCGAUGAUAUUUUAACACUGCCCGAGACUGAAAAGCUUCUCUGUUAUUUUGAUAAGAAUUUAUGUAGAGCACUAAUAAUCGAAACCGACGAUUUGCACAAUCCAUUUCGAGGUUAUAUCCUUCCCCUUGCAUAUCAAGACACUGGAAUCUUACAUGCUGUGCUGGGCCUUACCAUGUGCCACAUAAACGCCUCUGGCAAGCGGGAGACUGAGAAUAUCAGCGUCGCCCGAAUGAUAGAGCAUCAACUCUCCGCAUUGCAAUCACUCAGCUCGCUUUUAAUGAAAGAAGAGAUAUAUGGCCUUACGGAUGAUGAACAGGACCUAUUGUUGGCGGUUGUGAUUCUACUCGUUCUCUAUGAUAUCUGUGAGACUGGGGUGUCGUCUCAUGGAGUGCAUCUUACCGGCGCUGGCUAUAUAUGUGGCAAGCUCGCCCAGCAGCCCAAGGUCGUUACAUCUCCUCGAACAACAUUUCUCCUAACAGCCUUAGCUUGGCUAGACGUACUUCGAGGGUUCAGCGGCGCGGAAAAGCUGGCUUACAGUGACGAUGUCCGUAGGUGCAUCGUAGAAGCCGAACAUUUCAACCUAGAGAUUCUAGUAGGAUGUCCAGUGGAACUGUUUUACGAGAUAGGAUGUGUUCUCACGGCAGGAAAGCAAUAUCUGGAUGGAAAGCUAUCACGGGAUGAUUUUCAGGAUCUAUUGAACGAUGCGGAACAAUUCUUUCGCGCCUGGGAUCCCGACAGCGCCGCAUUUCCGGGUGAGGAUCCGGAGUGGAUACAACUGGCAGAGGCCUACCGUCAUGUCUGUAUCAUUCGCGUGCUCCGGUUCCCAAAUACAUGGGCUGUUCCCUGUGAGGAUCGCCGCAUCCAGUCGUCUGUUCGUGCAAUCCUUGAUGCCUCAGCUGGAAUUUCGGCCGGCUCAACGUGGUUCAAAAGGUUACUGUUCCCUCUGUUCAUAGCCGGUGCAGAAACAUCUAUACCUCACCAAAAACGAUAUGUCGAGUUCUGCAUGCGUGAGAUCAAAAGGUCAACCGGAUUUCCUCACCCUGCCAUGAAUGAACUACUCAGCAGAGUUUGGGGUGAAAGACAGCGACAGGCAGACAAAUCAGGGAACAUUCCGUGGAUGGAAUUUACAUGUUCUAAGGAUCUGGUCCGCCAACACGACUAUCUGAUGUUUUAA